AUGUUAAGCCAAAGAAGUGCAGACCCGGCUCAGAGAGAUUGGGUAGCACUUAAAAGAAUCCUAAGGUAUCUGAAAGGCACAAAAGAUUACAAACUGAUGCUGGAUACAGGAUAUGAUCAGCAAGUGUAUGCAUACGCUGAUGCCAGCUGGGGGGACAGAGAAAAUGGAAAGUCUACCACUGGCUAUGCCAUAUAUAUUGGAAAUGCCCUGGUUCAGUGGAAAUCCCAGAAACAAACAUUUGUUGCCACAAGUACUUGUGAAACAGAGUACUCAGCCAUAAGCGAAUGUGUGUCACAAAUAGAGUGGUUUGCUUGCCUAACAAAAGAGCUUGGAAUACCUUCUGAAAUGCCAAUCACUGUGCUAAGUGACAACAUGGCUGCACAACAGCUUGCUAACCAACAGAACUUUAAGAGCAAGAGUAAACAUAUUGCGAUAAGAUAUGGAAAUGUGAAAAAUGCUUUGGAAAGAAAUGUGUUAAAGGUACAGCACUGUAACACAAAAUGUAAUGUGGCGGAUUUGUAUACAAAAUGUUUGGAUGCUCCUAAAUUUCAAGACUUAAGAGAAUUAUUAGGUCUCAAGCCUUUGACUUAAGGAGGAGUGUUGGGAUUCGCAGGAUACUGAGUAAGUCUGCAGGCUUCAACAGGAUGAUGCAAUACUCUGUGAAGUGCUGGGUCAGAGUGACUCAACAGGAGUGUGAUUAAUGUGAUUGGCAAUCACCUGUUUUAAAAAGGAAAGCCUGUUCAACAGUAACCGUGGUUGUGGUGGUUGUGGUUGUGGUGGUGGUGCUGUGGUGGAGAGUAUUCGUUUGCCUUAAGGAGCAGGUACUCUGUAUGGACUGUUUUUGUAAACACCUGUAUAUAGCUCACAUUAAAAAGACUGCACUGCAAAACCCUGGGACUCUGAGCGUUUCCGCUAAAAGCUCCGCGAGGAAUCGCGACAAGCAUUUGCUCGUAGUCUUUUUCUAAGUUAACUCCACCUGUAAAAGCUGAACCUUUUGUUGUUCUCUCCUAGUAAGAUGCCUGCUAUUGCUCUCCCUUUAAUCUCUACUCAUCCUGUAAAUAGUUCUUGCCAAGAUAAUUCUGUUCCUGCAUGAAUGAAGCUGUAGAAAUCCAGAAACUGUACAUAAACUUCUCAGUUUACUUCACCCAAGCUGCAAGGUCUGCUAACAGGAAGGUAUUUUGCUGAGGCUGAGCUCCAUUAUGAACCUGCCUUCAAGUUUAUUUCAAAUAUGUGUGUUCAGAUAGUCCAGACUUGUCCAAAAUUGCAGUAAUUUAUUUUAAAUGUGUGUUGCUCCAAGCCAUGAAAUCUGUUGUGUUUUUUUUGUUUGUUUACAUGUCUGGCAUACAUUGUUUGUUGUUGUUGUUGUUUAGUCACUUAGUCGUGUCCGACUCUUCGCAACCCCAUGGACCAGAGCACGUCAGGCACUUCUGUCUUCCACUGCCUCCCGCAGUUUGGUCAAACUCAUGCUGUUAGCUUCAAGAACACUAUCCAACCAUCUUGUCCUCUGUCGUCCCCUUCUCCUUGUGCCCUCCAUCUUUCCCAACAUCAGGGUCGUUUCCAGGGAGUCUUCUCUUCUCGUGAGGUGGCCAAAGUAUUGGAGCCUCAACUUCAUGAUCUGUCCUUCCAGUGAGCACUCAGGGCUGAUUUACUUAAGAAUGGAUCGGUUUGAUCUUCUUGCAGUCCAUUGGACUCUCAAGAGUCUUUCCAGGACCACAAUUCAAAAGCAUCAAUUCUUCGGCGAUCAGCCUUCUUUAUGGUCCAGCUCUCACUUCCAUACAUCACUACUGGGAAAACCAUAGCUUUAACUAUACGGACCUUUGUUGGCAAGGUGAUGUCUCUGCUUUUUAAGAUGCUGUCUAGGUUUGUCAUUGUUUUCUCCCAAGAAGCAGGCGUCUUUUAAUUUCGUGGCUGCUGUCAGGCAGUGAUAGAUUUUACUUUCUUGGGCUCCAUGAUCACUGCAGCUGGCAUACAUACCUUUGAUUUUUUUCUUUAAAAAAAAAAAUAACACAAGUUUUCUCUACACUUCUGACACAAUUUGUCACAUUUGUGGGCAUCUAAGGUACAAGAAACUUCCAACUAAGCACUCAGAGUAUAGAAGAAGCUCUCCUGCAGGAACCUUAAAAGCAGAACCAUUUGCCACAAGGCUACAUUACAAUGUUUAAUAAGCUGGAGUUUUUGUUAUUAAAUAUACUAGCUGAUGAAGGUGAAUACAUUGAAACAGGGCCCUGUAAGAAUUUAAAUGUAUUUUCAUGUAAUAUUUGAUACUUCCAGCUGAUGAAGGUGAAUACAUCGAAACAGGGCCCUGUCCUGGUCUCCAAUCCAUAACUGACUUCUGCUUAACGAUUGAAACUGAGUCUCCAUCUGCAAGCUGAUAAAUUAUAAGGAUCAAUAUUAUUGUCGAGUGAAAAGGAGAAAAUUUUUGUAAUGAAUUAUUGUUUUAUACAUAUCUCUUUGACUUUGAGUUUGUAAUUUCUGUUAGAGUUUGAGUUUGUAAUCUUUAUUAGAAUACAUACUUUUGAAUGGAUUGGUUUUGGUUUCUAUUGACUAUUGAAUUGUGCGUAGGGACCACCCCCACUAUUGAAACUUAUAUGGGUCUGAAUUCUUGGUUUGCUUUUUUCUUGGCACAUUACAAUGUUUGGCAGAAAAAACUGAACCCCUGGUUGUCUUACAUCACAGAUCUUGUGUACAGUAAUGCCGUUAUCAUUGCCUUAAUAAUCAAUGAAGAAAAAGAAGUUCAGAGAAGUUCAUUUCUUGAUUAUACAAACUGAUCUACUUAAUGGCUAAUCUCAUUUACUCAGAGAAACCUAGAAUUCCUAUUGGUGAAAGUCCAUGUCUAUGUGACCUCCUCAGUAUUUAAAAUUGGAAAGCAAAUUAAUUCGUCUAGAGUCAUUUCAGUCACUGUUAGCUGGUGCCAUGGAGCCUCUAGGGACAUUGACCUCUAGGGACCUUGGGGACAGGUAGGUGCCAUCUGGUUAAAUGCAUUCUUUUCCACAAAGUCUAAAGUUUACUAGCAUGUGGAAUAUUUAUUUUAUGUAGAUACUGCCUCUGGAUGUGGCCAUUUUCCUGCUAUUUAAAUGUCUUUCUUCCAGGCUUCUCAUGGCCCAUACUGCCUCUGCCUCUUCAUAUUUCUGUUAAUGUCCUAGUUGCAGCCUUGCCAUGGGUAACUGGUUAGCCACUGUGACAGCAGGAUGGGCCACUGGCCUGAUUCAAUAGUCUCUUCUUACGUUCUUACGUUUUUAAUUUGGACAUCCAGUCAAGGUUGGUGCAUACAAUGCCAAUUCCUGGGUCUAGUAACCAAGGUUUGACUUAACAGCAGCCCAGUGGAGCAGGAAGUAAAGCUUAACCAGUUUUGGAAGUGGGGGUGGGGGGAUUGUUGCAUGAUUUCUGAGAUUUUUCUAAAGGUACACAUAGGUGAAAUUAAAAAAUAAAAAUCUGCAUAUGACCUCUACAAACAUUAGGUAGAGGGUGGGAAAGCACUAAUUGAGGGGAAGGGAAGAUAAUACAAUGCAGUACAAUCAAUGAAGCACCACCCAGUAAUGCAGAUGGGGAACAUCUACAUAGAUAUUUGAGGCAUUGGUAGUGAAAAUGCUGGUGUGUGGACCACAGAGUUGAAAUGCACACAAGGCAACAGUGGCCAACAUUAUACUGAAGCCCGAGUGUGGACAAACCCUGACUGAGGUUGGUGCCAAUGGGUCUCUUGUGGUGUUUCUUCUAGCUCUACAACCUCUUUCCUUCUUUGAUGAAAUGCAUCCCUGGGCCCCACCGCAAAGUGCUGAAAAACAACUUGGCAAUCAGAGAGCUUGUUUUGGAGGAGGUUGAAGAGCACAAGCCCACUCUGGACCCCAGCUCACCUCGGGAUUUUAUCGACUGCUUCCUUAUGAAAAUGGAUCAGGUAAUCAUGAAAACUCACAGCACUCUCCACAUGGGUUCUCCUGCCACUCCUGAAGCUUCCCAACCAGCAGACUUCCAUCCAGCUUCUGGUGGGGAAUGCCAAGGAAAGAGAUUCCUGCCCACACCCCAUUGGAGUAGAUUCAUUUCCCAUUAGUGACUUGUUCCUGCAGUAAGUGGGAAGUUCUUUCUAAUGAUUAGCCCUCUGGGCAAGGAAUGUUCAAAGGAACGAGCUAUAAAAAGACUUGAGAUAAGAUGUGUCUUGGGAAGAGAGCUGGUCCCAGUGGCGCAGUAAAAUUCUUGUUAUGUUGUACUCAGAACAAUUGAGUCGACUCCAGUGACUGUGUUGUGUGUUUCUGCAGGAAAAAGGUAAUAGUGCAUCCCAUUUCACCACUGAAAACCUGGCCAUAAGCACAGUUGACUUGUUUGGGGCUGGAACAGAGAACACCAGCACCACACUGCGAUACGGGUUCAUGAUCCUCCUCAAAUACCCAGAGAUACAAGGUAAAACAGAUGCGUUAUUAGUACUUAUUAUUCUAGUUCUCUCCUAGAUUUAUGUGUCACAGGUCCAAGAGGUUGUUGUUCUGCCACUUUCCCCAGGAAAACCCACUGUUCAUCGCUGAAUGUUAAUCAUCGCUGACUGACAUCAGCAGUAAACAGAAGGCUUUCCUGGAGACAACAAUGGGGGUGGGGGGGUGGACAAAAUGCUCAGAUCGAUGCCUAGUAACCACAGACCCGUGCCUAGAAAUCCCAGCAAAAACAGAAGUGUGGAUGAGCUCUUAUAGCUGACCAUAUUGCAAACCCUAGGAUUUAUAUGCAAACAGUAACAACUUGAAUUUGGCUCAGUAGUGUACUGGCAGCCAGUGCAGAUCCUUUAGAUCAAGCAUGUCUAAAGUCCAUUUUGGGGACCUAAUCGGGCCUGCUGGUUAUUUCCUGGGGGUAAAAUACUAAAAAAAAGGUCAACAACUUUGGUUUACUUCAUCCUUUCUGGCCCUCUUUGAAAAAAGUUUGGACACCACUGCUUUAGACAAAGGCACAACCACAAGGGCCAGGGGCCAAAGGGCCCUCAGGUAGGAUCAGAAUCACUGCAGGACAGUGCCUCCAAUAGGAAUCUCUCUAGGCUGGACCAUCACUUGCUCCUAAAACUUCCCUAAAGCUUUUGUCCCGCUGGGCUCCUUAUGGGUAGAAAUUAAAUUAAUAUAUAAAUAAUUGCAGUUAUACUAUGUUUCCCUGUUUACAGAUGCAUUGCUGAAGGUAAGCUACAAUAAAUUGCCUGUGGUGACGAGUUAGUAGAAAGUUGGCAUCAGAAAACAAUUGAAAGCUCCAAAAUGUGCAGAGCCUUGCAACCAUUCCCACUGAGUUUCAGUUUCUUCUGUAAUGUUUCCUGCACUGGCGUUAAACCUCAUUCUUCCCAUUGCAGAGAAAGUGCAUGAAGAAAUUGACCGAGUUAUUGGCUGAUCACGAAGUCCUUGUAUAGCAGAUCGUGGGGAAAUGCCUUACACAGAUGCUGUCAUCCAUGAGAUCCAGAGGUUCAUCUCUAUUGCCCCACUGAGCGGCCCUCAUGCAGUACUCAAAGAUACACCGUUCAGACAAUAUGUCAUUCCAAAGGUUAGCUCUUUUCAAGGCUCUAAGUACGGUAGUAAUAGUAGGCUGCUAGCCAUGAUGGCUAUAUUCUACCUCCAUGGUGAGAGGCAGCAUGCUUCUGAAUACCAGUGGGUGGAAACCACAGGAAUUGAGAGUGCUGUCUUGUUUAGAUUAUGUUGAUGGGCUUCCCAUGGGCAUUUGGUUGGACACCAUGAAAACAGGAUGCUGGACCAGAUGGGGCCACUGGACUGAUCCAGCAGAGCUUUUCUUCUCUUCUUAUGUACAAGCAAGGGAAGUAGUUUAGCCCAAUUCCUAAAGUGUAGCUGGGCAUCUUGAAGCCUGGACUUCAUUUGAAACACCCUAUAGCCUUCUGAAGCUGCUCCAUUAUUCUUCUGUAUCAACAAAGUACCUUCCUUUUUGUUAGUGCCUUCCCACACCAUUCCUUUGGGUGUCAUGGCCAUCCAGACCAUUUCUUUGCACUCUCUGCAGGGCACUACCAUAUAUCCAAGUCUGACAUCUGUGCUACAUGACAGCAAAGAAUUUCCAAACCCCAAAGAAUUUGACCCAGGACAUUUCUUGCACAAAGAUGGCACCUUCAGGAAGAGCGACUAUUUCAUGCCUUUCUCAGCAGGUAAGAUCUCUGCUUCCUCAGUAGGCUGCAGUCUUGGCCAGCUCAGGUCUUUCCUGUCUCCCUAAUCGGCUGGUGUCGGGGCAAUGAGGGGGAACUUCCUUCCUCCUGCAGCCUAAACUGGAAGGGCUCCCAGAUUGUGAGAGAGGGGCAGAGGCUUCUGGGUCCAUCAGAACUCCUUGUACCUUUCCUGUGGCCAGCUGAAACAAAAGAAAUGGUGGAAAGAGUGACUCUCCCAGGAGCUGUUCUGGAGCAGCACCUUUGCUCCUUUGGCAUGAUUGUUAUUUUCUCCGUAACAGCCAAAGUGGAUGUAAUGCAGCUUACACUUUGGGUUUCCUUUGCAGGGAAGCGGAUAUGUGUGGGGGAAGGUCUGGCCCGUAUGGAGAUCUUCUUGUUCUUGACCACCAUAUUACAGAACUUCACUCUGAAGUCCAUCAUUGACCCCAAAGAGAUUGAUCUCAAACCGGUGUUGAGCGGCGUAACCAACUGCCCUCGGCCCUAUCAACUCUGCAUUGUCCCUCAAUGA